CCGAGGCAACCUGCACAAACAAGAUGGCGUCGCGUGGGCCGAGCCCGACGAGGGCAGGGAUCUAGAGCUGUCUAAGGUAUAAACCAUGAGUUCUCCUCUUUCCUCCCUGGGAAAGCACCGCAGAGUCCCACUGCAGCUACAGAGGCCAGGGAAAAGGACAGUGCCAUUUAAACUGAGUGCCUACAAUGAGGAUGAAGCUGAGCUGCUGAAUGACAUCCUGUCUCCUAGAACAAAGUUUCCAGUGCAAGACAUUUCCCCUUCCUGCUCAAAAGAAACAGCAACAAAAACAAGUACCCAUGGAGCAGCUCCGACUGACAUGGAGCUCAUGUCCUCCAUGAUGCAAAAAAUUGCUUUGUUGGAACAAAAAACAAAGAGCCAAGCACAAGAAAUCCAGCUGAAGGCUAGAAAGAUUGCUGAACUUGAGAAGCAGGUGCAGAUCCUUCAGAAAGGAAAAGAUUCCCCGGAGUCAAGCAGAAUAGAGGAGCUGGAGGUGAAGUGUCUUCAGCUGCAGAAUCAGGUCUGGGAAAUGGAGCGGUUUCUGAAUGAUUAUGGAUUGAUUUGGGUUGGAGAGAGGAAUGAACAGCUGGAAGAGUUGAAAUCAUUGAAGAAGCAGGAAAAUCAGCCAUCAAGAGGUCUCUGGAAACCAGGUGACUCAGCUGUUUCCAAGAAUCCGAUCAAUUUUGAUUUAAUUUUGGAAAACCUGAAAGAUUUAAACAUGCUGGCUGGGGAAGGUGUGUCUCAAAUUGAACGCACAGCAGGAGGUGCUAGACUGAGGCAACCCGAAUCGAUAGCCCUCACUUUUUAUCAGAAUGGGAUAGUCAUGUUCAAUGGACCUUUCCGGUCGUACAAGGAGCCAUCCACGCAGCAAUGUCUUCAGGAUAUCAUGGAUGGCUAUUUUCCCUCAGAGCUACAGACGCGCUACCCGGAUGGCGUUCCUUUUCAGGUCACUGACAGGAGAGACGUUUUCUUUCGGGAGAGGCAGCUACCAGAGAACUUUCCUGGCCAGGGGCAGGUAAUUGGCCAUUCGAGGUCAAGUGAGGUAAAGGAAACCAGUGAGAUCCCAGGUCCCAAGCUCUCACUGGAGCAGUUUCUGAACAAACUUCCUAAAUCCUUGAUCCGGGAGGGACAAGUGAUUGAUAUCCGAGGGCCAAUCAAAGAAACUCUGCAGGGCUCUGAUGGGACACAUAGCAAUGAAGUGAUCCUGGUGGAAACGCCCAGCCUUAAAGCAAUGAAGGAGAGGUUGAAGGCAGACGAACAGGGCCAGCCUCCAGCCCCCAACAUCUCCACUCUCCGGAUAAAAUCUGAGAAUGGGGAGCAGACGUACAUUGUAAAAAUGCUCUUCACGGAGACCAUAGGAGACCUGCGCCGGCACCUCGCCCAGAGCAGGGGUGGAGAACCACAGCCGUAUGAGAUCAUCAGCACCUUUCCCCAGAGAGUGUAUGCUGACAACUUCAUGACCCUGCAGGAGUGUGGACUGAUUCCCAAUGCCUCCCUUCUACUGCGGGAAAAGCUCUCUUUGGCCAGGGAGGGACAGGGCCAUAGAUAGUUUAAUAGCUUCAACUGAGCCAGUUGGCCUUGCAACUGCUACUUCACAUGAAGCAAUUUGCUUUCCUCCCCACCCAUCCACUUCUCCAUCAUGGGCUCUACGAUAAGGCACGAGGAAGGAACAACCUUGCACAAUCUGAUAAGCUGCAACCUCUCCCUUAAUCAAGGGGGAAGGAGGGUGGGGUGGUCUUUCCAGAUUCAGUUGAACUGCAUUGUUACCUGGGCUUACCACCUCCUGUAGGCAAAGCAAGGGGGAGAAAUAGCCCUGGAGAUCUCGCCACCCCCCUGCACUGUUGGUGAAAGAACUGUGAUGACACAAGGCCACACACCCUGCCAGUCUGGAUCCUAGCAGCCUCUGGGGGCUGCCGUUAGGGCCUCCUGGGCCUGUGGCCUCAUCACAUGGCAGCCUACCUCUGUAAAUAUUUCCUUGGGGGACUUGUAUCCAAGCUGGGUUUCUCUCCACCUUUGCUGAAAGUCACGAGCUUUUUGCUCCUCAGAGGUUGCAGUGAGUUCAAUUCAACACCUGUGCCCUCACCCGCAGGUCCCUUAUAUCUACGCUGCAGUAAAAAAAACUGGCACCAAUCUCAGAGCUGACAUCAAUUCAGUUGGGCUCGGGAUGUGGGGCUGCAACUAGCAGCAUAGAUGAUCAAGUGGGGCCUGGAGCUGGGGCACUGAGACCCCCCACCCCUUUGUGGGGUUCCAGAGCCCAGGCUCCAGCCCAAGCCUGAAUGUCUACACUGCAAUCUUUAGGCAGCUGAGCCAGGCCAGACACGGCCAUACCCUGCUCUUUUAUUGCGGCGUAAACAGCCUUCGAGAAGUAAGUCUAUAUACAGCAUAGGUGAAAUGCUGUAAGGGUCCUCCCAGCUCGGUUACAGUGCAGUUUCCACAUGGAUCUGCUCUCUUUGUUAGGGCUAGAGUCUGAUCUCACAGUGGUGUACAAACAAGCUUAACUAUUAAAGUCAAUAGGGUUAUACUGGACUGAGUGGAAUCAGGCUCUGAGUCAUUUGCAGCACUGAGCCGCAGCCAGAGCCACUCCAGCGAGGAGGUGCCAAUCCUUACAUUUCCUCUACAUGAAAUGCGUCUUCCUUUAAACAGACCCCAAGUGUCCAAUGUUAACAGCCUACAAAUCUGUAUGGCUGAGUCUGAUCCCCAUAGUGCCAACCUCUGCCUUCCCCCCAGUCGCUGGCCCUGCAGCAAACAAAUGCUGUCACAUGAGACCUACCUCCCCAUUUCUGUCCUGUGUUAGGGCCCAGUUCUCAGGCUUUGUACCAUGUUGUCAUUUA